AUGGCGGAAACAAUGGUGAACGGCCACCGCGAAGUUGAAAUGCCAGCACCUCCUGUUGACCCUAUUUCAAGACCACAGACACCUCCGCCUCCCCCGUCCGCUGAGACUGAACCUCCUCCACCUCCGCUAGAGGCGAGGUUUGCGCCACCUCCUCCGCCUACAGACUCAAGUGUGCCCCCUCCCCCGCCAGAGCCGGUGCCACCUCCUCCUAGCGAUGACCUAGAAUCUGAAACAACCGUUGUCCGGCCGCAACCUCCGAAGAAGAAAGGAUGGGGCGCGACAAAGGCGCCGAAAGCGACGCCACUGAGCGUGGAGGAACUGCUCAAGAAGAAGAGAGAGGCCGACCUCGCGGCCAGUAAGCCCAAGUUUCUCUCUCGGGCGGAGCGUGAAAGACUUGCUUUGGAGAAGCGACAGAAGGAGGUCGAGGCCGCUUCCGCCCAGAAACAGCAAAACGGUGUCGUACGGAACGGUUCCUCUGCGCCGUCGGAACCGCCCAGGCCCAGUCCAGCGCCCACGGGGCCGAAGGCUCUACGGAAUGGGGGAGAUGUGCCCACAGGUCCUGCUGCCAUGCGGUCACGAGAACCCAACAGGGGCGUCAACUUUGCGCCACCUCCUGCACCUAAAGCGAUUGCGUUUGGUGGUGAAUCCCGGGCACAAAAGCGAGGCGCCGAGGACGACCGGACUGAGAAGGCCGAAACAGAGAUUAUCCGACAGAGGUACAUGGGUGCCGACAUGAAUGUGUCGACCUUUUCUGCCUUGAAAAAGCGACGGCGAACGACGGAAAAGAAAUUCAACUUUGAAUGGAACGCCGAAGAGGACACCACACCGGAUUACAAUCCCAUCUACAACAAUCGCGCCGACGUUACCUUCUUCGGGAGAGGUCGCCUGGGUGGUUUUGAUGAACAGGCGGCCGAUGCAGCUGCACGAAAGUAUGCAGAGGCGUUGCAGUCGAGAGACACAGUCGCCGGAGCUGCCCGCGCCCAGGAGAUUCUCGAGAUGGAGCGCAAGAGGAAGGAAGAGUCCGGCCGGAUGGCCAUCGACAAGCACUGGAGCGAGAAGAAACUGGAGCAUAUGCGCGAACGCGACUGGCGCAUUUUCAAGGAGGAUUUCAACAUCAGCACGAAAGGUGGCGGCAUCCCCAACCCCAUGCGCAGCUGGAAAGAAUCUGGACUUCCGAGGAAGCUGUUGGAAAUCAUCGACCAAGUGGGAUACGUCGAUCCCUCACCUAUCCAACGGGCCGCCAUUCCUAUCGCACUUCAAAAUCGCGACCUCAUCGGUGUGGCAGUCACAGGUUCCGGCAAAACUGCAGCCUUCCUCCUUCCCUUGCUCGUGUACAUCGCCGAGCUUCCCCGACUAGACGAAGACGAUAUGCGGCGCAACAACGGGCCUUACGCCAUCAUCCUUGCUCCCACCCGUGAAUUGGCACAGCAGAUCGAGAUUGAAGCCAAAAAGUUUGCAACGCCGCUGGGAUUCACGGUCGUGUCAAUCGUCGGAGGUCACAGUAUCGAGGAACAAGCUUACAAUCUACGCAACGGCGCCGAAAUCAUCAUCGCGACACCGGGUCGUCUAGUGGAUUGUAUAGACCGCCGCAUCAUCGUGCUGGAGCAAUGCUGCUACGUGAUCAUGGACGAAGCAGACCGCAUGAUCGACCUGGGGUUCGAAGAGCCUGUGAACAAGAUCCUCGAUGCUCUACCUGUGACUAAUGAGAAGCCUGACACUGAAGACGCGGAAGAUGGCAGGGCCAUGUCCCGCCAUCUGGGUGGAAAAGACCGGUAUCGCCAGACCAUGAUGUAUACGGCCACCAUGCCUGCCGCAGUCGAGAGGAUCGCACGAAAAUAUCUGAGAAGGCCGGCGAUCGUGACGAUCGGCAACGUGGGUGAGGCUGUCGACACUGUCGAACAGCGGGUAGAGUUCGUGGCUGGCGAAGACAAACGCAAGAAGAGACUGAACGAGAUCCUCUCUAGUGGAGAGUUCCGUCCACCGAUCAUCGUCUUUGUCAACAUCAAGAGGAACUGUGAUGCCGUUGCCCGGGACAUCAAGUCUAUGGGAUUCAGCAGUGUCACACUGCACGGGUCCAAAACGCAGGAACAGCGCGAGGCGGCUCUGCAGUCAGUGCGGGACGGCAAGACCGAUGUCCUGGUCGCGACCGACCUGGCCGGUCGUGGUAUCGAUGUCCCCGACGUGAGCUUGGUGGUGAACUUCAACAUGGCGACCAACAUCGAAUCCUACACCCACCGUAUCGGGCGUACGGGCCGAGCUGGCAAGUCGGGCGUGGCCAUCACGUUCCUGGGUAACGAAGACAACGACGUGUUGUACGACCUGAAGCAGAUGUUGAUGAAGAGCUCGAUCAGCAGGGUGCCGGAGGAGCUGAGGAAGCACGAAGCGGCACAGCAGAAGAGAGGCGCCGGGCUGGCGGGCGGCGACAAGAUGAAGGGCGGCAAAGGCGCAAGUGAUGAGAGCGGUGGCUUUGGAGGGAAGGGUGGUGGUGGUGGUGGUGGUGGGUGGUAG